AUGUGCCUAACCCUAACAACCAAACACCCCCUCUGCGGCUGCCUCACCACCACAACAUUCACUCCCUGCCGUCUCAUCCCCUGGAACCGGUGUAUCCGGCGCGAGAUGAUAAUUGUCGAGGGAACGCGUCGACGGAAUAAUCUCCUCUGCGAAGCUUGCAGCGACAGCAGCAGCAGUAGAUAUUCCGAACGGAGAAUGAACAGACUAUACACUCUGAUGGCAUGUCUUGAGGGAUUUGAUUCGGACGUUGAGUUUGAUUGUUUGGAUGUAGAUGAUGAACAGCAUGGUCAUGAUGAUGGUGUUCAGGACGUCGGGGUGGGAGGGCAUGGUGGGUAUUAUUCGGGGGAUGGUGGUGGUGAUGGUGGGAGUGACAGUGUCGGGAGUGAUGAGGGUUGGCAUGGAGAUGCAGAGGGAGAAGAAGGAGUAGAAGGGGAUGAGGAGGAAGAAUAUAUAGAAGAGUCCUCCUCCUCCUCCUCAGAGGAAGAACUGGUGGUGCUUCGGUGUGACCUGAGUAGAGUUUGUGAUUCGAUUGCUUCGUCGCGCGUUUGUCAUGGCACUGGGGUGAUGGGGAGGGAGAAAAGACAAUUUGGGAGAGGGAGGGUACGGGGGCCUAAGAGGAGGGAUACGGCUGAUGAGGAGGAUAUGGAGAUGGAUAUGGCGAUGGCGAGGGCGAGGGUGGAGGAUGAGAGGGUUUCUUCUAUUUCUACGGUCUCAUCGAUAUGA